UUAUAUGUUUUGCAUAGCAUUAACCUCAAAUAUUAGGAAUGAUUAUAACUGAUCAAAUGUUAUGAAAAAGAAUAGAUAAUAUGUGUUUGUAAAAAAAGAAAAGAAAAAAUACAGCAAGCUCUUUGUAAAAAAGAUGUUUGACACCGCAAAACGCCGAAGAUUAUAUGAAAUUAUUUGGAUAUUAACCUUUCUACAAUUUUCUCGUCGUCGGAAAUUCUGAGUGAAUAAGAUUUGUACUUAUACAGGAUAGUGUUCGAAUACAUAGAACUUCCAUUGCUGAAAAACAACAAGACGUUUGUUGUUGAGAAACACGCAAGUUUGUGUGCUAUUUUCAGCACUGUUAACCGUAUCGUGUGGACACCUGACCUUAUAUCCUUACUCGACGUUAUUUACACCGAAAAAAGCAUCUGUUACUGCAAAGUUCAUCAUAAUUUUGAUAUACACUGUCGACUGGCGACAGAACUAUGACGUAUUCCUGUAUACUAAUUAACUCGUUAGCUAAUUAUCAUAGCCUGUCACAAGUAAGCUAGGGCAGUAGGACGUAUGACUCCGGUUGGUGGAAACAACUGUUUUCUCUUCACGAAACUUAAGUCGUUUAUAUUACCAGUUAUUUCAAUUGCCAGCUUCUGGACAAAGAGGAUAUAGGAUUUAAAAAGAAAACGAAUAAGUAGGAAUGUGUUGAUGAAACCAUUAGCAGACGACAUACUCCACUUGCAGAAUGUCAUACCAUCCCGAGCUGUCCGAUGAUGAGCAAUUGCUAGAUCUUCUACGACUAAUCGUUACCAGACAUCCUAGCGCUACUUCUGCUAUAGACAACGCCUUCAAGCACUCGCCACACCUGGCAACCACGUAUCUGACCUUCAACUUCCGGGAAAAUGGGUCAAGGACACAGCACGAAUGCAGAUGUCACUAUGAGCACGAAUAUAUGACGUACGUUAAAGAAAAUGGAUUUGACUUUGAAAGUUUCAGUCACAUGGCCAAAAAUGUAACCAGAGGUCAUUGUAGGCAUACAACCGACUCGCCGACAUCCGCCUCACCUAGCCCAGGUAUCUCAUCCUUAAAAACGAGUUUUAGUCAAAGGAAUUUACGUCGCUACUCCGUCGACUUUGACCUGGCUAAUAAUAACAAGAUAGAGAAAAGGUUGACCAAAAGGCGAUCUAGCAGCAGUCUGAAAUCUCUAGAGCUAAAUGAAAAUCAUCACGGAUUGUCUAGUUUAAGUUCCAGUAGAUCCUCUAUAAGUCUGAGGUCACUUGCCCUCGAGAUAGACGAAGUCGUAGGUCAAACACAAACCAGUUUGAUGCAUGCGGCUGCUGCUGUUGGAGAUGGAGCUCUGCUGAUGUUCUUGAUGAAGCGGGCUAAAGUUUCACUGGAGCAGAUUGGGAAGUUCCAGCUGUCACCAUUACAUAUUGCUAUCAUAAAACAAAAAAUGUGCUACUUAAAGAAUAUAAUACUCCGUCCAGAAAUAUAUCUGUCAAACCGAUCUGGUGUAUUCAAGCACGCAGAAAUUGUCGCCGAUAGUCAUGGUCUAAAAAGUCUAUCUGUAAACAAAAUGUCUUUGGUUGGCCUGUGCGUAAAAGUUCGAGAUUUAGACACAAUGAAAGCAAUCUUAAAUGCCGGGGUCAUGAGUGAUAUAGCUUUACAGAGAGGACUCAAAGAGGCGAUUGAAUGCGACAAUCUAGAAGCUGUUGAAGUGCUCUUCAAAAACAAUGCUCGCCCGGAUUUAGACGUUAUGAAACUAGCUUCAUCAAAAUCCGUACCCGUGUUUGAAAGUGUCUUUCGUAGAUUUAGGAAAGAUUUCAAAAUCUACUCCAUUCAACACCCAGAACAUAUAACUCGGGAACUCGUUAUGCCCGCAAUUCUUACACGAAACUAUGGCGCCGUGAAUGUGCUCGUCCAAAACGGUGCACCUGUCUCAUGUAAAGGUUUUUACACGCCGUUGACCCUUGCUGUCUUAGAAAACCAACCGGAUGUGACGAAACUUCUAUUGGAAUACCACGCCGAGAAAAGUCCAGAACUACAAGGCUGCAAUCUCCUUGAUAUAUCUACAUGUAUGGGAUAUUCAGAAUGCGCAGACGUGUUGCGACGUUUUGGUCUCAAGCGAAAAACAAAGAAUAUGAAAGUAACGAUCCCUUGCAACCUACUCAUUGGUAUUGCUAAGAAACUAGAGCUGGCACAGGACAUCGUCAAAUUACGUCAUCAGCUGGAACUGAAGCAUCAUGGUCAUGACGAUGGAACUGUUUUACACGUGGCAGUGAAAUCAAAACUUAGUCGCCGCUUGUUGAGCGAACUCCUUCGAAUGGGAUCUAACGUCAACGCCAAAAACAAGAAACUCGAGACGCCAUUAAUGUGUGCCAUUUCGAGUAACGUUAACGCUGAUCCCGAGAUAAUACGAGAGUUGCUUUAUUACAACCCCAUUUUGGAACAGUGUGAUAAAUAUGGUAAGACCACCUUAGCAAUGGCAAUGGCGCGUGAUCACGCCGAGCGAAGAGAAACAUCGCGCAACGGCAGUCCCGCGGAAGCUCUUGAUUCUCUUGCAACACUUCUUCUUGACUGUGGAUAUAACGUGAAGUACGACGAUGUUAAAAAGCCGCACCAUACCGUUUUCGCGCUGAGGGCUGUUUGGAAAGAUUUGGCUGCUACCAUCGGGUGUGGGCGGGACGGUUUGUAUGUUCAGCAGAACCCUAAGACUCUACAAAUGCGAUGCCGGGAAGUAGUAAGAAGAUCUUACCCGGGUAUAAGACUUCAUAGAUUUCUUGAGCAUAUGAAAGUGCCUCCUGAUAUCAAUGAUUUUGUAUUAAUGGUAGAUUUAUUAAGGAUGUGAUUUGAUGCAAAGUAAUUUGAUAUAACAUUAACGUGACUUAAAAGUAUACCCUAGAAAAAAUUCCUCAUACGCAAAAAGAUAUUCAAAUUUCACUCAAUUUGUACACCAUCAAGCGUUUUGACGUUACAAUUUUGUUAACCACCAUUUAAUCAUCAUUUAACUUACUUAAUACGAUGAUGAUAUGUGAAAUUCACUACUUCAGCUUGCGACCGGUCAAGUAUCAUUUAUUGAUAAUGAGCGAGGCUUUCCGGAUGCUGCAAAUGAGAAAUUAGUGCGUGAAAUAUGUAAACAAUUAUUAACAAUGCAACAACGCGCUUUAUGUUACAUUUUUUUGCUUGUGUUAUUGAAUUAAGUUAUUGAAAUGUGCUUAAAACACCACCAUUAAUGUUGUGUUGUUAUUCAUAAAUGCUUAUGCAUGUAACAUAAAUAUGUGUUGUUUUUAAUGGCAAUUAAAUCAACGUUGCAAGGUUCUCCGACUUAAGGAAUUAAUAUAAGAAACAGUGCUUUCCUUCCAUGUUAUUUCCUGCAUUUCAUUCCUUUGCCUCGUGUCCAUUAAGAAAAGGUCAGGAUCAAAUGAUCUGAUUUUAUUUUCAUUGUUUUAUAAACUUAAAUUGAUCGUAUUUUGCUAGAAUUAAAUGGUACAUAUUCAACAUGUAAAAAGUUGAUGAUUUGCAAAGAAACCAACAUAUUUUU